AUGGCGCCCUCGGUUUCAGAUGCAGUCGCAGCUCUCGAUGAAAUAAAACCGCCUCAAGGUGUGGUACUACCACCAAAAGAAAUUAAAGCUAUACUCGAGAAGACAGCAGGCUAUGUAGCGCGAAACGGAAUCAACUUCGAAGAUCGUAUCAGGGAAAAAGAAAGAACCAACCCCAAGUUCUCCUUCCUUAGCACCAAUGAUUCAUACAAUGCAUACUAUCUAUGGCGACUCAGCGAGAUUAAAGAAGGGAGAGGAACCACCGUUGCAGCGGGUAGAGCUGGAGAAGCACCGCCCGAAGCGGAGAAACCUAAAGGACCGCCUGAACCACCAGAUUUCCAUUUCUCGGCGCGCAUGCCGAACAUCAGUGCACAGGAUCUCGAAGUAGUCCGUCUGACUGCUCUAUUUGUUGCGAAGAAUGGUAGGCAAUUUAUGACGACAUUAUCUCAGAGGGAAACGGGGAACUACCAAUUCGACUUCUUGAGACCUAAUCACAGCUUACACAACUUCUUCCAGCGACUAAUUGAUCAAUAUACUGUGCUAUCACGAGCAAGCGGCAUGGAUGGAGAUGGUGGGAAGAUGCAGCAGGAGAGGAUGAAAGAACUACAGGCCAAUGUAGACGAUAAGUUCUACGUUCUAGGUAGAGCUAAGCAAAGGGCGGAGUGGUUCAAAUUCCAAGACGAGCAAAAGCAGAAGAAGGAAGAGGAGGUUGAGAAGGAGAAGCUCUCGUAUGCGCAAAUUGAUUGGCACGACUUUGUUGUGGUUGAGACUGUCAUCUUCACGGAGGCUGAUGAUCAGACAAACUUACCUCCACCAACAUCGCUCAACGAACUCCAAUUCGCUUCUCUGGAUCAAAAGGCGCAAAUGUCGAUUAAUUCGACACACAUGCGCAUCGAAGAAGCCAUGCCCGGGGACGAUGGAAUAUUUGAUGGGUCAUAUGCCCAACCACAAUAUAAUAUGGCGCCCCCUCCAGUGCCGCAACCGUCGUAUCAACCACAAUACCAAGACCCACGCCAGAGGAAUAACGAAGAUGAGGAUGAAGAAGAACAAAGAAUACGAGAGCGAACGGAGGCUAGAGCUCGUGCUCAGCAAGCACAGGCUGAAGCUAAGGGUGGUGCCGCACCUAUGAGGAUAAAGGAGAACUACGUUCCCAGAGCUGCCGCUAGAGCUGCUAAUAAGCAGCAGCUGGCCCUUUGCCCGAACUGUCAUCAACAAAUUCCUUAUGAUGAGCUCGAUGCUCACAUGAGAAUUGAAUUGCUUGAUCCUAGGUGGAAAGAACAGAAAGCGAAGGCAGAGAGCCGUCAUGCAACGACUAAUCUCUCAACGCAAGAUGUAGCUAAUAACCUCAAACGAUAUGCAAGUCAAAGGAGUGAUAUCUUCGACGGAGUUACAGGUCAACCUAUAACAGAAGAAGAGACCGCCCGCAGAAAGAAGGCGGCAAAUGGUUACGAUGGGAAUCCUAUGGAAAAGACAGACCGUGCACGGAGCAUGGUGUUCUGGCAAGAGGAUGCUGCAUAUCGCUUUUAA